AGCGUUUGUGUGUCUGUCUGAGUCUGAGCUGAAAAGCAGUGAGACUGCAGAGCUGCAGUUAAGUCGGCUGCAGACUCCGAGCUGCGUGGACAGCCUUCAGCACGAACAAUGCCCUCCCCGAUCCCCGUGACUCGCCUGCUGCCGAAAGACAUCUACCCCUCUCUGCACACCGGUGCGUGCAGCAGUCCGCUCACGAAACAUUCCCACGGCUCCACCUUACAUGUCCCCAUACAACGGUUCCACAGCAGAGUCGCCAGUCGGCUGUGGUCUUCUGUGAUCCACUGGAGGGAGCUGCGCUCCAUUCAGCCAGUGGGCUCCGGGGGGUUCGGCUCCGUGUACAAAGCGGAGUACCUCGGAGAAACCGUCGCGCUGAAGAGGGUCAAGAAGUGCACCAAGAACAAGCUGGCUUCCCGACAGAGCUUCUGGGCCGAGCUAAACGCGGCACACCUGCGCCACAGAAAUAUCGUGCGUGUUAUCGCGGCGACCACCUGCGUGCCGGCGGAGUUUGGAGAUGAAAGCAGCAUCGGGACCAUACUGAUGGAGUUCGUGGGCACCAGAAAUCUGCAGCAGAUUAUUUACGGUUGUGCCGAGCCGCUGGGGGAGAACAGGUGGCUCAGGUACUCCACAGACAUUGUACAAGGCUUGCAAUUCCUUCACUCCCACAACGUAGUGCAUCUGGACAUAAAACCAGCAAACGUGUUGGUGUCAAAUGAAGACGUCUGCAAAAUUGCCGAUUUCGGCUGUUCUUUGAAACUGGACCGUGGAUGUGAAGUGAGCUCUGUAAGCCCCCAUGUAAGCCACGUAGGCGGCACGUACACGCACAGAUCCCCGGAGUUACUGAAAGGCGAAGCGGUGUCGCCCAAAGCGGACAUCUUCUCUUUCGGGAUUACCUUGUGGCAGCUGAUCACCAGAGAGCAGCCGUACACCGGCGACAGGCAGCACGUACUGUACGCGGUUGUGGCGCACAACCUGAGGCCGUCUACUCAGAAUCAGCCGGUGUUUUUGUCGGAGCAGGGCCGCCUGUGCAGCACUCUGCUGAAGCGCUGCUGGAGCGGGGAUGGCCGCUGCAGACCGACGGCCCAGGAGCUGCUGUCGUGCUUGGAACAGCUACGCUCCCACAUAUGACUUUGUUUUAUAGCUGCUGGACACGUUUUAGGAACGUUUUAGAAGGUGCUCUCCUCUGGUCAGUUUUACUGAAGCAGUGGACUUAACAUUUUCUUAUAACAUUCAUGUCUAAUCCUGUUAAAGUGCGUAAUUAAGUGCCUUAUUAUUUAUCGCCGAAAUCAGGCUGUGCCUCACGAAAUUUUGACUGUCGUGACAUGCACGCGAUGUAGCUGGCCUACUUAGGAAUUCGGCACCACGACAAAGUCCUUAUUUUAUAUCGCUUUCCAGUGCUCACCCUGCCUGAGGUUUUGAUCGCGAGAUUGUUUGGUUGAUUGAAAGUUACAUUCAUCGUGUGCUGUCCAGAGUGUUGCCUGAUUAGAAAACAGGUAAUAACACUGUAUAGUUGUUAAAACUUUAUAUAAAGCACAUUCCAGAUCCACUGUUUAAAGUAUGCAAUUUGCAAAUACAAUGCAGAUCUAUUACUCAUUAAAAAAUUCUUAUUGUUAUUCAGUCCGUUAACAUAUAAUUUUACGUGUCGACUCAAACCAUCGAGUUAUCGAAUCAUCGAGAGUUCUGACUUUUUUCUUUAAUUGUGUCGUCAUUGUGUUGUUGAAACGAGUUUUAUGUGCUGUGAUGAAAUGUAAAGCGAUUUAAGUGUGAUGGGUUUUUCAUUGUUCCAUUUCUUUACUUCAUUAAAAAGUAUUAUUUUUAUAUGAUUUAU